AUGUCUUCUGUUGCUGUACUAGGUGGAGGCAUCUCUGGAUUGUCUGCUGCUUACUAUUUGGCUCGCUUAGCUCCCGCUACAACCAAGAUUGUUCUGAUUGAGGGCAAGGAUCGUGUUGGUGGUUGGAUUCAUAGUCGCCGUGUAGCUCCUGGUAAAUACAAUCGAGACAAAUUGCCUCAAUUGUCAGUCGAAAAAGACUCUGUACUGUUUGAGGCUGGUCCCAGAAGUUUGCGACCAGAGGGCCCCAAUGGAGCCAUCUUGUUGGAAAUGAUUCAACAUCUCAAUCUGAAUGAUGAUAAAUUACUCAGCGUGCCCAAGACAGACUCCUCUGUCAAGAAUCGCUACAUUUACUACGACGGCAAGAUCAACACACUUCCAUCAGGUUUUGUUUCCAUGCUGUUGAAAAAGCCUCCCGUAUUUAGGUCUGUCAUACUCGCCGGGGCUCUUGAGCCCUUGAGGAGGUCUCGCUUUAAGAACGGUGAACCCAAAGACGGUAUCGAAGAUGAAUCCAUGUACGAUUUUAUGAAGCGAAGAUUCAAUGAACACACAGCCAUCAAUUUGAUGGGAGCUGUCGCGCAUGGUGUUUAUGCAGGUGAUGUGAAGCAAUUGUCCAUUCAAUCUACGCUCCGUAUGUUGUACGAAGCUGAAAAAAACUAUGGCAGUGUCGUUGUUGGCAUGAUGAGAGGCGCUGCAAAUACCUCGACUAUGCGUGAACGUGGUAUGGCUGUCAGGUCAAGAGAUAAAGACCCUGAAUGGUUUGGGCGCAUGGAGAAAAUGAGUGUAUUGGGCUUUAAAGACGGCAUGGAGACCCUGCCUGACCGUCUUCGUUCGUGGUUAGAACAGCACCCUAACGUGGAGAUCAUUCGAAAUGAUCCGGUCGAAUCCAUUGAACCCUUGGGAAAUGGAAAAGAGAGCAAGAUCAAAACAAAAUCUCAUGAAUUCUUUGCUGACCAUAUCAUCUCAACGAUUCCUUCAUUUACCCUUGAAAGACUGAUCACACCAAAUACACUGCCCAAUUUGGGUUAUAAUCCUGCGUCUGAUGUAGCCGUUGUCAACUUUGCCUAUGCUCCAGAAGUCAGAUUAGGUUAUAAUGGGUUCGGUUUCCUGACUCCUCAUCGUGAUACAAAAUACAGAAUUCCGGUGCCGGGUACUCUCGGUGUCAUUUUUGACUCAAAUGCUAUGCCUGGUCAAGAGACAGAGCAACCAGAUGUAGUCAAGGUCACUGCAAUGAUUGGUGGCGCAGACUGGAAGGAUGCUUUUGGAAAAGCAACCGUUGACGAACUGGAUCCUGAGUUAGCUUACAGAUACGCACGAAAGGGCAUGAGCGUCUUUUUAAAUUUGCAUGACAAGCCAACUCAUUCGAUGGUCAAUCUCCAAAAGCAGUGUAUUCCUCAAUACAUGGUGGGUCAUGAAGGUCGCAUGCGAGAGCUACAUCAUGCCCUGAAACAAAACUAUGGACACUUGAUGAGUUUGGCUGGUGCUAGUUAUAUGGGCGUCAGUGUUCCUGAUUGUAUCAAGAAUAGUCGCAUGUUGGUAGAGGAAUUGCUGGUUUCUGGUGCGCUUGGUUCUCGUGAAAAGGUGGUUACAGGCUUAGGAAAGACAGUGGAAUCAAAUUCAAAGGAGUUUCAAGAUGGUGCUAGAAUAAGCAAAGGCACUGUGGACGUUAUCAUGAAGUCUUAA